ACAAUCAUUUCACUAUUCGAGAUCAUGUCGCCCAUAAGACUGGGCUUGCAUGAUCUGCUCGAGUAUGACCCUCGGUUCGGCGUGCUCAUCUGUCGAGAAUGCCAGUACGCCAUCCAGAAAAGCGCGCUGCAGAGCCACUUGCUCCGGCACAAGAUCUACCGCUCCGAAAGACAACGUCUACUGUCUUCUAUUGCUCAACUCGAUCUUUUCGAGCCACAUCAAGUUCCCUUGCCCGCCUCGUCUUCCCCGCCUAUCGACGCGCUACCCGUCAUCUCCGGCUAUCGAUGUACCGCGGUUGGGUGUGGGAAUCUAUGUGCUAGUGCUAAGCGCAUGAGACGCCACCAGAGCGAGGUCCAUGGGCUCAGCGAGCUUCCUAGUUCUCUUGCUUCGUUUGCCCGCCCGGUGAAACUUCAGACUUUCUUCCGCGGCACGAAACUGAGGUAUUUCGAGGUCACUGUUCCUCCUUCUCCAGACGCAGGUCCGGUUGGAACGGCGCCGCUGGCGGUCACCACUCUGGACAGAGAGGAUAGUGACCAAAGAGAUGAUGAGGAAGGGCAUCUUGAGCAAGUGCCUGAUGCGGACUCAGUGACGCCACGACCACCACGGCGUGUGGGAAAGUGUUCUCAGGCACCUCCGAAGUCCUCACCACCCGAUAUCGACCUAGAAACGCUAACGUAUUUCCACCAUUUCACCACCACCACGAGCCUCACGCUUCCCGUUGCCGAACACGCAUGGCCCGCAACGCACUACUGGCAGGCGGACGUUGUUCUCCAAGCCCUGCGGCGGCGAUGGCUGAUGUGCGGUCUGUUGGCCAUCUCGGCGUGCCAUUUGGUCGCGCUUGCGAAUGAUGCAACGACCGCGCGGGUUCAUCGCGAGCGAUUGGAGCAAUUCUCUUCGGAAUUCUCUAUCGGAUGGGAAGAGUCAGGGAAGUGUGCGGUGGCCGCUGGGAUAGAGGACGAUGCCAACAUCGUAGCUGGGCAAAUAAGGUGUUUGCUGUGUUGUGCGCAUUGGGCGUUCGCUGAAUCUCCACUGCUUGAUCAAGGCAUCGUCUCGGAGCCUGAGACUAUGCCUUUUCGACUGCAGUCCUUUCUGACGACCAUCCGGGGUUUUGUCGUGCCCGAUAUUACCCUUCAUCCUGGCGACCGCGUCCAGACUGACGAUGACCAUGGCCAAGGAGAAGCAUUCGCCCAGGCAAAGGAAAUUCUCAGGUUGAGGACCUCGUUUUCAAACGCUAGAAGCUUCGACACAUUUACUCCACACGACGGCACCUCCUCCGCUGUUUUCAGCCGCCUGAGCGCGCUCCCUUAUCGCAUGGCAGAGGCAUUUGGAAGACCAGAGAGUACCCGAGAUGUCCUGGCCGCGCUGGCGGCCAUCGCCGCUCUGGUGAAAUGCUGUGCCAUUAGCUUUGCGUCCAGUGAGGUGGAAGUGGCGUGGCGCGGUAUGGCGACGUGGUUAACAAAGGUCUCGGAGCAUUUUAACAACAUGGUUUCAUGCCACAACCCAGCUGCACUCGUCGUAGUGGCCCAUUGGGCGGCAUCAUUGGUCAGGCGAGCUGAGCACUGCGGAUUCUGGUUCUUGAAGGGCGCUGCGAAGACGACUCUGGCGCAAAUUGCGGAACAACUUCCUGCGGAAGACCGAGCGGUGCACCGUCUAUUUUUGGAGGUCUGUGAGCAUGAGCCGUGA